AUGCUUGCUAUUGCAGAGCAACUUAUAGCCCGUGGCUACAACGUCUGCUUUGUUUCUGGCUCCGGGUAUCGUCCACAAGUAGAGGCUAUUGGAGCUUCGUUUGUACCAGUUGAAGGUUAUGGCGACUUUUACGACCUGACUUCAUGGGAUCUCGAUGCAGACUGGCCCGAUGAUGAAAAGCAUCUUGAAGGACCAGCUUGUUUCAACCACGAUCUAAUCCAUAUCUUCUGCAAAUCGCUGCCUUCGCAGCACGAAGCCAUUCAAAGAGCUCUCAAGGAGCUUCGAAACGAACACGCCAAGAGACCUAUCUUUGUCAUGACAGAGAGUCUCAAUUUCGGGGCUUUGGCAACCAGACUUGGAGCACCAGGUAUUCGCCCCGAUGGCUUUAUAGCAAUUGGCCUCAACCCAGUUUUACUCACUAGCAUGGACCAUUCUCCGUUCGGAUCAGGCAUGCUUCCUGACCGAACUCCAGAGGGUCGGGGCCGAAACAAAAUUGCCAACGAAGUACAGAAGCAGUUCUUUGCUCCGUCACAAACAGCGUAUAAGGAAGCACUGAAGAGUGUUGGCGCCACACCGGAUGAUACAUUUUUGCUGGACUCUCUUUACUCAUUACCCGAUCGAUUCGUCCAAAUGUGUGCCCCCAGUGUUGAGUAUCAGCGGAGUGACGCCCCUGACACAUUAAGAUUUGCUGGUGGCUAUCCUGCCACCCAACGAACGAAGCGUGAUUGGGAAGAACCUUCGUGGUGGAAAAAGGUUGUCUUGGACAAAAGCGCAAAUCGCAAGAAGAUUGUGUUUGUUUGCCAAGGAACAGUCGCUAUGGACUUCAAUCAGCUGGUGCUCCCGACUAUGGUAGCUUUGCAAUCCCGUUCAGACCUAGAUGUGGUAAUUGCUCUCGGACGGCCUGAUGUUUCUCUCCCCAAUGACGUGUCCAUACCUUCGAAUUGCCGGGUUGAAAGCUUUAUCCCGUACGACAACAUCCUUCCUCACGCUGAUGUGUUUGUAACGACAGGAGGAUACGGCUCGUUCCAGCGAGCACUUAACAAUGGCACACCUCUUGUCAUGGCUGGCACAACGGAAGAGAAGCCUGAGUCGGCGGCGAGAGCCGAAUGGGCAGGUGUCGCGGUAAACCUUCGGACAACGUACCCUUCAGUUGAGCAGUUGUCGCACGCAGUGGACGAGAUUCUCGAGAAUGACAAGUUUAAAAAGAGAGCGUUGGAGAUAAAAUCUGAGAUAGCGCAGUAUGAUCCCGUGGGUGUGAUUGCCCAGAGUAUUGAGGAGCUGGCAAGGCGAGGUGGCAGAGAUUGA